AAUAUAUAGAGGGUCAGGGCCAUACCCUAUGGCCUAUUCUAUUUUUGCUUUAUAAGUGGAAAAGUGAAACACAAACAGAGUCAACACAGUCACAGUUUUGAGCAUUCAAUAUUCAUUCCAACACAAACCCUUUUCAGAUCACCUCAUACUCUUCAACAGUAACACUCACCAACUUUACUAAAUUCCCUAAAUCUACCUACAAAUUCAUCUGCAUUUCACUUUUUUUCCCAUUCCGAAUUCAAUUUCUUCCUUCUUUUAUCUCAACUACCGCACCCACUUCAAACUACUCUAUUUUUCUUACUACUAUUUUAUUCCACCAAUUGUCUCUAUUGAAUUUUAGUAGUAAAAGGAACAAAAUCAAUGCUUCCACAGAACACUGCCCAGGUCCCGUUUUUGUUCUUCAAUCUUAUUUAUAUCAUCACAUACCUCUUUCUCUUUUCUCUUUUAUCUGUUCAAUGCAACUCUUUCUUUCUCUUUCUUCAUAAGUGAAAAUAACCUUUAACCCAUUUCAUUACCCUUUUUUUUCACUUUUGUUCAGAUUCUUUUUCUAUAAAUUCUGAUCAGAGAAUUUAUAUCCUUGUCUGAGGUUUCUUGGGAACCACAUCAACACAAACUGAUUUUCUUUUUGUGUUUUUUUCCUUUAAAAAGUUUCAAUCCCACCCAUUUUUGUAGGACACAACAAAAACACUAGAAAUUGAAAUUCACCAUUUGUGUGUAAAGCAAGCAUUUUGUUUUGAUUUAACAAGCCAAAAAUGGAUGAAUGGAAGAGAAGUGGUCAAAUACCAGCGUUUGGUAACUGGGAUUUUGCAAAUGAAAUGCCAAUAACUCAAUACUUUGAAAGUGCAAGACAAGCUGGUUUGAUUCGUUACAGUUCUUCUUCUGGUGAAAGUGAUCCUUACAUUCGUGGAGAUCAUGACCUUUAUGCUGUUGAUUUUAAGAAACCAGUUCGAAAUGGAACACAUUCUACUCUCAGAAAGGCAACGAGGAACAGAGAAAGGAAGUACCCUAAUGUUGUUAUGGUAAAUGAAAAAGAAACAUCAAUGAACAUGAAUACGAGAAAACAAGGGAAAGUGUACGAUGUAAUGGAACAUCCAAGGAAACCAAUAAACAAGAAGCUACUACAUGUAAACGACGUCGUUCCACAUCGUAGUGUUCCAUUACCCUCGAGACUUCCAAAACCUGUUGAUGAAGAUCUUUAUAAGAUUCCUCCAGAACUUCUUCGCACAACCAAGCGGAAAAAAAUGUUGGGUUUCAUUUCCAAGUGUCUGGUACCUGCUGCUUGCGUUUCGUGAUCGAUUUGAUACUACAAUACAUGUCUCGGAUACAACAAGGAAGUUUUUUUUUUUUUGUAUGAAUGUUAGGAGUAUUUGUUUUGUUUAAUUUUAUUAAUUGGCGUUAAUUUUCGUUAUUAAUUGUCGACGGUGCUUGCAUUUAUGCGGUUCCAGAAUUAUUAUGUAAACGCUAGUUAAUUAA